AGGAGAUUGCAGAGGAUAUGAACACUGUGUUAUUUCUCUCUCGCUAAUAAAACAAAACAAAACAAAACAAAACAAAAAAGAUUCUGUACGAAAAUAACAACAAACCACUUCCAUUAAUCUUCCUAAGUCUUCGGUUUUCCAUGGAGCUCUAACCGUCUCUCUUAAAAUCAUCACAUCUCAAAUUAAAUAUUUUUCAAUUUCAUCUCAAUUCAAAAUUCUCUCUCUUUGAUUUUCAAUUGGGUUUCUAUCACAGAAAAGAGAAAAAUGAGAGAAAUCCUACAUAUCCAAGGUGGUCAAUGUGGAAAUCAAAUAGGAGCAAAAUUCUGGGAAGUAAUAUGUGAUGAACAUGGAAUUGAUCCAAUUGGAAAGUACAAAGGUGAUUCAGAUCUUCAACUCGAAAGAAUAAAUGUAUAUUUUAAUGAAGCAAGUGGUGGACGUUAUGUACCUCGUGCUGUAUUAAUGGAUUUAGAACCAGGAACUAUGGAUUCACUUCGAUCUAGUCCUUUUGGUCAGAUUUUUAGACCUGAUAAUUUUGUAUUUGGUCAAUCCGGUGCUGGUAAUAAUUGGGCUAAAGGUCAUCAUACUGAAGGUGCUGAACUUAUUGAUUCUGUUCUUGAUGUUGUUAGAAAAGAAGCGGAGAACUGUGAUUGCUUACAAGGAUUCCAAGUAUGCCAUUCUCUCGGUGGCGGAACUGGAUCUGGUAUGGGUACACUUCUCAUCUCCAAAAUCAGGGAGGAAUACCCAGAUCGCAUGAUGCUAACAUUCUCAGUCUUCCCCUCUCCAAAGGUGUCUGACACUGUUGUAGAGCCUUACAAUGCAACUCUCUCUGUUCAUCAGCUUGUUGAGAAUGCUGACGAAUGCAUGGUUCUUGACAAUGAGGCCCUGUAUGACAUAUGCUUCCGCACACUCAAGCUUGCUACUCCUACCUUUGGUGACCUGAAUCAUCUCAUCUCGGCCACCAUGAGUGGUGUUACAUGCUGCCUCCGGUUCCCUGGACAACUAAACUCCGACUUAAGAAAGCUAGCGGUGAAUCUGAUUCCAUUUCCCCGUCUCCAUUUCUUCAUGGUUGGAUUUGCUCCAUUAACAUCUAGAGGCUCCCAGCAGUACCAAGCUCUAUCUGUUCCUGAGCUCACUCAACAGAUAUGGGACUCAAAGAACAUGAUGUGCGCUGCUGACCCUCGACAUGGUCGUUAUCUAACUGCUUCAGCCAUGUUCCGUGGUAAGAUGAGCACUAAAGAGGUUGAUGAACAAAUGAUUAAUGUCCAGAACAAAAACUCCUCAUAUUUCGUUGAAUGGAUACCCAACAACGUGAAAUCCAGUGUAUGUGAUAUUCCACCAAUAGGUCUGAAGAUGUCAUCAACAUUUGUUGGUAACUCCACGUCGAUCCAGGAGAUGUUCCGGAGAGUUAGUGAGCAAUUCACAGCCAUGUUUAGGAGGAAGGCUUUCUUGCAUUGGUACACUGGUGAGGGAAUGGAUGAGAUGGAGUUCACAGAAGCAGAAAGUAACAUGAACGAUUUGGUUGCAGAAUAUCAGCAAUACCAAGAUGCAACUGCUGACGAUGAAGAAGAAUACGAAGAUGAAGAAGAAGAAGAGGUUGCUUCCUGAAACUUCAGAUCUUGACAAUCUUUUCUUUGGUUGUUUUUUAGGUAGUGUGGUUAACUAUACUUUUUCAUAUUUGAAAAUAUAAAUGUCGAGGUUGGAUGAUGUCUAAUUAGUAUGUAUUGAUCAAGUUUGUUUCCCUUAUUAUAAGGGACAAUGGUGUUUCUCUAUAUGGGCGUCCAUCUAUAGUUCGGACACAAAAAAGACAGUCCAGACUGAGUCACAUGUUUAAGUUUUUCGAUCUACAUUUUUAGCAUAUAAAGAAGGGUCAUAAUACAUUCAAUUUACAUGCAUUUUAACAAA